CAGCGGCGGAGGAGCCGGGCCCUGGAGCACCGCCCUGCGCACCGGGCCGGGGGGCGCAUGGGGCGCGAGCAGCAGCCGUGAGCCCCGCGCGGGACGCCCGGCCGGGUCCCAGACCAUGACCAUGGCCGGGGGCAGGCGGGGACUCGUGGCCCCGCAGAACACGUUCCUGGAGAACAUCGUGCGCCGCUCCAACGAUACCAACUUUGUGCUGGGGAAUGCGCAGAUCGUGGACUGGCCUAUUGUGUACAGCAACGACGGCUUCUGCAAACUGUCGGGCUAUCACCGUGCUGAGGUCAUGCAGCGCAGCAGUGCCUGCAGCUUCAUGUACGGGGAACUUACGGACAAGGACACUGUGGAGAAGGUGCGGCGGACAUUUGAGAACUAUGAGAUGAAUUCCUUUGAGAUCCUGAUGUACAAGAAGAACAGGACCCCUGUGUGGUUCUUUGUGAAAAUUGCCCCAAUUCGCAAUGAGCAGGACAAAGUGGUUCUGUUUCUCUGCACCUUCAGCGACAUCACAGCCUUCAAGCAGCCCAUCGAGGAUGACUCGUGCAAAGGCUGGGGGAAGUUUGCACGGCUGACCAGGGCACUGACCAGCAGCCGGGGUGUCCUGCAGCAGCUGGCGCCCAGCGUGCAGCGGGGAGAGAAUGUGCACAAACACUCUCGUCUGGCUGAGGUGCUGCAGCUGGGCUCUGACAUCCUGCCUCAGUACAAGCAGGAGGCACCCAAGACACCACCGCACAUCAUCUUGCACUACUGUGUGUUCAAGACCACGUGGGACUGGGUCAUCCUCAUCCUCACCUUCUACACAGCCAUCCUGGUGCCCUACAAUGUUUCCUUCAAGACCAGGCAGAACAACGUGGCCUGGCUGGUGGUGGACAGCAUUGUGGACGUCAUCUUCCUGGUGGACAUCGUGCUCAAUUUCCACACCACCUUUGUGGGGCCUGCGGGCGAAGUGGUGUCUGACCCAGCGCUCAUCCGCAUGAACUACCUAAAGACGUGGUUCAUCAUCGACCUCUUGUCCUGUCUGCCCUACGAUGUCAUCAACGCCUUUGAGCAUGUGGAUGAGGGCAUCAGCAGCCUGUUCAGCUCCCUGAAGGUGGUGCGGCUGCUGCGGCUGGGCCGUGUGGCUCGGAAGCUGGACCAUUACAUCGAGUAUGGCGCGGCCGUGCUGGUGCUGCUGGUGUGUGUGUUCGGCCUGGCCGCGCACUGGAUGGCGUGCAUCUGGUACAGCAUCGGUGACUAUGAGAUCUUCGAUGAGGACACCAAGACCAUCCGCAACAACAGUUGGCUCUACCAGCUGGCGUUGGACAUUGGCAGCCCCUACCAGUUCAACGGGUCGGGCUCAGGGAAGUGGGAGGGUGGGCCCAGCAAGAACUCAGUGUACAUCUCCUCACUCUACUUCACCAUGACCAGCCUCACCAGCGUGGGCUUUGGCAACAUCGCGCCCUCCACCGAUAUCGAGAAGAUCUUUGCCGUGGCCAUCAUGAUGAUUGGCUCCCUCCUGUAUGCCACCAUCUUCGGCAACGUGACGACCAUCUUCCAGCAGAUGUACGCCAACACCAAUCGCUAUCAUGAAAUGCUCAACAGUGUCCGAGACUUCCUCAAGCUUUACCAGGUGCCCAAGGGCCUGAGUGAACGUGUCAUGGACUACAUCGUGUCCACCUGGUCUAUGUCCAGAGGCAUUGACACUGAGAAGGUCCUGCAGAUCUGCCCCAAGGACAUGCGGGCAGACAUCUGUGUACACCUCAACCGCCGAGUAUUCAAGGAGCACCCCGCCUUCCGGCUGGCGAGCGACGGCUGUCUGCGCGCACUGGCCAUGGAGUUCCAGACUGCGCACUGCGCGCCCGGGGACCUCAUCUAUCAUGCAGGCGAGAGCGUGGACAGCUUGUGCUUCGUGGUGUCUGGCUCUCUGGAGGUGAUCCAGGAUGACGAGGUGGUGGCCAUCCUGGGGAAGGGGGAUGUCUUCGGGGAUGUGUUCUGGAAGGAGGCCACCCUGGCCCAGUCUUGCGCCAAUGUCCGCGCCCUCACCUACUGUGACCUGCACGUCAUCAAGCGUGAUGCACUGCAGAAGGUUCUGGAAUUCUAUACAGCCUUCUCACACUCCUUCUCCCGGAACCUCGUGCUCACCUACAAUCUGCGGAAGCGGAUCGUGUUCCGCAAAAUCAGUGAUGUAAAGCGGGAAGAGGAAGAACGUCGCAAGCGCAAGAAUGAGGCACCCCUGGUACUGCCUCCAGACCACCCCGUCCGCCGGCUCUUUCAGAGGUUCCGACAGCAGAGGGAGGCCCGGCUGGCUGCCGAGAGGGGCGGCCGAGACCUCAGUGAUGUGGAUGUGGAGAAAGGCAGCCGCGCAGCUCCUGAGUCCUGUGUGAUUCAGGCCAGCGUGGUGACCGUGCGCGAGAGCCCUGCCACUCCCGUGGCCUUCCAGGCCUGCCCAUCUGCAUCCUCCGACCAGGCUCGACUGCAAGCCCCUGGAGCCGAGGGCCCAGGGCCCAAGGUGGCUGGUGUGGAUGGUGCCAAGCGCCGGGGCUGGGCCCGCUUCCGGGAUGCGGCGGGCACGAGGGCUGAGGACUGGGACAAGGUGUCCAAGGCCGAGUCCAUGGAGACGCUACCCGAACGGGGCAAGGUGGCGGGUGAAGCCACACUGAAGAAGACAGACUCGUGCGAUAGCGGCAUCACACGUAGUGACCUGCGCCUGGACAGUGCUGGCGAGGCCCGCAGCCCACAGGAGCGCAGCCCAGUGCUGCCCGAGGCCAGGCGUGCCUUCGGCCCCAUCCCCGAGCAGACGCUGCAGGCAGCUGUGCAGGAGGUGAAGCUGGAGUUAAAAGAGGACCUGCAGGCUCUGGGCGCACAGGUUGCUCGACUGGAGCAGCAGCUGGGCCAGGUGCUGCGCCUACUGGCCACCCGCCAGCCUGUGCAGUCCCCGCAGGGGUCCUUUCACAUUUCGGGGCCCCCAUCCCCUGCCAUAGCGGCUGAUGAGCAGGACACCUUCGAGGCCAGCUGAGGCUGGAAUAUGCUGGAUGCUCCAUGUUGCCCAGGGGUUGAGGCUGGGGAAGAAAGUGUCCUGCUAGCCCCCAGGGACACCAGUGAGGAGGCCCCCACAGGAGCUGGGCACACAUAGUGAACACACAGAGUACAUACAUAGUGCUCGUAUGUACAUGUCGCUAUGUAUGUACAGGCAUGUAUACAUGUGUCUGUACAGGCAGCUCCUCCCCAGCCCCACACGUUUCAGCUCUCUUCAUCUUCCUCCUCCACAGACUUUGGGGUAACUGAGAUGAUCAGUCUGUCUGUUUCCAUCCCUGGACCUGGCAGAGAAACCACAGGCACUGGGCCCUGUUUUGAGGUCCCUCCUGUCCUGGGUGCCCAGGGGACGCUGGAGAGAAUAAGAGAAGGAAGGAGGGAAGGAAGAAGUGAGGAAAGGAAGGAGGGAAGGA